AUGACGCCGGCUUUUCCAGAAGACAGCUCAAGAACCUCUGGCCAGGUGCUGAAGGAGAAUAAGAACUAUGUCUCCUCGCUGCUCUCACAAAGGAUUGACGAGCCAAAGGGCCUCAAACUGACCAGGCCUGGGGACGCGGAGUAUCAACUGACAAACGCAACGUUUGUAUCGCUGGUGAGAAACAGUGAAUUGCAUGGCAUCGUGAAGACAAUCAAACAGAUUGAAGAGACCUUCAACGACAAGUUCCACUAUCCGUAUGUGUUCCUGAACGACCGUCCAUUCAACGAGAAGUUUAUACAGAAGGUUCGUUCUGCUACCAAGUCUGAGUGCUUCUUUGAGCUGGUUCCCGCAGAGGUCUGGGGGAAGCCUUCCAGCAUUGACCCUGCAAGAGAGGAGGAGGGAAUCAAGCACCUGGAAGAGAAGGGAGUUGGCUAUGCCAACAAGGAGUCGUACCACAACAUGUGUCGUUUCUACUCUGGAGGGUUUUACAACCAUCCAAAAUUACAGGAGUAUCGCUACUAUUGGCGACUGGAGCCAAGUACAGAUUACUUCUGCGAUAUAGACUAUGACGUUUUCAAGUUCAUGGAGGAUAAUGACAAGGUGUAUGGAUUCGUGCUGAAUCUAUACGACUCACCAGACUCUGUUCAGAGCUUGUGGCCUACGACGUUGGAGUUCCUUAAAGAGAACCCUCAGUACCUUCAUAAGAACAGUGCAACCACUUGGUUGAGGGAGAACUUACAGAAGCCUGACAACUAUCAGACUGCAAAGGGCUAUUCAACAUGCCAUUUCUGGAGCAAUUUUGAAGUUGGCGAUAUGGACUUCUAUAGAGGCGAAGCAUAUAGCAAAUGGAUGGAGCAUUUGGAAAGAUCUGGUGGAUUUUACUAUGAAAGAUGGGGUGAUGCACCUGUACAUAGCGUUGGACUGGCCCUAUUUGCUGACAAGUCAAAGAUCCAUUGGUUUAGAGACAUUGGUUACCAACAUUUCCCCUACAUGAAUUGUCCCUCUAGCGACAAAUGCCAUGGCAAAUGUGCCAGUGGGAAGUUCUCACAGUUUGAUAACCUGAACAGUGAGAAUUGCAUGGCAACCUGGGCUAAAUAUGAAAUGACUCCAAAGGAGCUGCAAUACUAUUAG